UUUAUUUACAACAACAAAUUACUCCUAAUUAUUUAUUAGCAACAAUAACUCAUUUAAUUUGUAUCCAGUUUAAAAGUUUUGUGUGUUGAGUGACGUUUACUGAGUUUCGUUCACUAAAAUAAUAAUGUUUGGUACCGAGUUAUUCUUAAUUAAUUAAUCUUUUUAUAUAUAUACAUGUUAAUAUACUAGCAAAAAAAAUUUUCAAAUGGUUAGAAAAAGUACAGGCGGAGGUAAUUCUGUAGUUAAGGGCGGAGGGACGAUGCCCACAAACGAGGAGUGUGGAAUUCGCGAUGUCUGGGGUCAUAAUCUCGAAGAAGAGUUUCGUACAAUACGUCAAGUUGUACAACAAUAUCCCUAUGUCGCGAUGGACACUGAAUUUCCUGGUGUUGUUGCCCGGCCAAUAGGUGAAUUUAGAACCAGUGCUGAUUAUCAAUAUCAAUUAUUGCGGUGUAAUGUUGACUUGCUGCGAAUUAUUCAAUUAGGACUCACAUUUUUAAAUGAGUCGGGUAAUACUCCUGGUGGCGGUUACACCACAUGGCAGUUUAAUUUCAAAUUUAAUCUGCAAGAAGAUAUGUAUGCACAGGACAGUAUAGACAUGUUACAAAACAGCGGAAUUCAAUUUAAAAAACACGAAGAAGAAGGAAUCGAUCCAUUGGAAUUCGCUGAAUUAUUAAUGACAUCAGGAAUAGUUCUGAUGGAUGACAUCAAAUGGCUGUCAUUUCACUCUGGUUAUGAUUUCGGUUACUUAUUGAAACUUCUUACGGAUCAGAAUUUACCCCAAGAGGAGAGCGAAUUUUUUGAAUUACUCAGGAUAUAUUUUCCGACAAUUUAUGACGUCAAAUAUCUUAUGAAAUCCUGCAAAAAUUUGAAAGGAGGAUUGCAAGAAGUUGCCGAGCAAUUGGAAUUACAGAGAGUCGGCCCUCAGCAUCAAGCAGGUUCUGAUUCACUAUUGACUGGAAUGGUUUUUUUCAAAAUGCGCGAGAUGUUCUUCGAAGAUAAUAUCGAUGAUGCCAAAUAUUGCGGGCAUCUAUACGGACUGGGUACGUCAUUCGUCGUCAAUGGUACUGGUGGCUAUCUCGAAAGCAACGGCGACAACUCUUCGUCGUCAUAAAAAGCAAUAAAUAAAAAAAUAAACAACAAAAAUAAAAACCCACCACCAAAAAGUAAAAUAAAAGCCAGUUCUAUGUGGUAAUUAUUUUACCCAUAGCUUUUAAAAAACUUUAUAAGCGAAUAAUUAGUUUGAGUAAUCAAGUAAUACAAGUAAAAAAAAAAAAUUCAAAUUAGUCUCAUUGAAAUAUUUUUUCCCUCAAUUCAUCUCGAUCAUUAACCCAAGCGGCACAAAAAAAAUAGUUGACUUUUUGUUAAAUUUAAAUUAAGGCCAUUCUCGAGUACCCUCCAGUUUUUAAAAAUUUUCACUGACUCAACUGUCAAAAUUUGAUUAAUUAAUUAAAAAAUAAUUGAAGCAUUCACUGAAAAAAGGAUAAUUUUCUUGAGAUAUAAAUUUGAAAAAAAAACUUACAGUUGAUAUCAAUUAGGAGUUAAACGAAAUUUGGAAAACAAAUUCCAGUAAAAUCAUGUCAAGUUUUUUAUUAGAAUUUUCAAAUUUUGGAUAAAAUUUAUUCAAAAAAUUUCUUACUCCCAAUUGAUAUCAACUGUAAGUUUUUUUUUUUAAAUUCUAUAUCUUCGCGAAUUUUACUGCGCUUAUGACACUAGUCAUUAAAAAUUUUUAAAAAGUAGAGGCAGUGACUAAGAAUGUCCUUGAUUGGUUACAUGACAGCAAAUUGUCGCUUUAAAUUUAUUUAAAAGUCAACAAUUUUUUUUGUGCCGCUUGGGAAUCAACUAAACUAAACUUAUCGUAUUUUCUAUUUAAAAAAAAAAAAAAAAAAAAAAAACAAA